AUUGUAUUGUUCGAGUAUUUUUGAGAAAGCCUCCAGAAAAAUGGGUUUAUGUAGAAGAAGGGUUACAAGGCGAUGUAUCAAUAUUAUUUGAACUUAAUUUUACUCAUAUUAAAUUUGUUUUGGAUGUAGCCGAGACUAGCAUUCAAAAAUCUUUUCACCAAGGUCCAAAUGCAUUUGAUCUUCUUAUGAAAAACUCACAAAAUACUCAACUUCCUGAACUAAAAAAAGAGAAUACUCAUAGAGACUUACUUUAUAUUGAUAUUAUUUGUCUGCUUCAAAAUAAAGAAGUCGGAUGGAAAAAUGCAAUGCAUAAUACUAUUGGAAAAAGUUUUAUUGAACGUUUAACUGCAGCUUUGUGGUAUAUAGAUCCACAUUGUAUAAAGUUUACAGCACGGUAUCUUUCACUUGGAGAAUUAUUUAAUGAAUUGGAUCAGUAUAAGAAGGACCAACAUUAUAAUCUUUUUUAUAAUACUGGAAAACAUGCCAAAUCUAAUCUUAAACGUGAUAAACUUGAGCAACUAGCUUCCUCAUUAGAACUAUCAGCAAUGCAGCCAUGGGCAGCAAAUGAUAAUUGGGAAUUAAUUAUUAAUGAGGUUUUUAUCUUGAUAUCUUCGAUGCGAAAAUAUGCAAAUAACUUGGAGCAAAUUAACCAAGCUAUGAAAGAAAUACACUUAAGUGAUACACCAGCACGUCAACCAGCUAAUGAUCUAAAAACUACUCAAGCACGUGUAAUAGCAUCUAUUCAAGGAAGAUUACCACAAUAUUUUAGUCGACAAAUGCAAAAAAAUGUGGUAAAAAAGUAUUCAUUAAUUCGGAAUGUUACGCCUGCUUUUUUACGUGUUUUAUAUCAUGAUUUAACUGGUGAUGCUGCUACAACAUCAAAUGAGAUUAGUAAAGAGUUAGAAGAACGACUUUGUCUUAUGUUAGCAAUAGAAGAUCCAUCAAUUAUAUGUGACUUACGUCAGAAUAAUGGAUUUAAAGAAACCAAAUUUGAUCUAUUUUGGAAUGAAUUAGAAGCUUAUUUUAAUGAACGUUUAUUAGAAGAACGUAUUGAAAGAUUAGUUUUACAUGGUGAACCAUUUCAAUGCUAUACUCCAGUAGACAAAACAGAGAUUGAUGAAUUUUUUGAUAAUAAAACAAUAUGCCAAAAUGCAAUAAAUAAUUGGAACUAUAGUUGUGGAUCACCAUUUGUUCCAGAGGACCAUAUUCUAUACAAUGAAGUUUUUGUAAGAGAAAAAAUUAGUUGUGAAACACCAAUAGAAUUGGCAUAUUAUUCUUGUCGAAAAUCAAAUAUUAAUGGUAAUAUUUGUUAUUGGUGUGGAUAUGAUAAUGAGUUAGCAGAACCUUCAGAAAGUCUCAAGUCAAAGUACAAAUCCUUAUUCCCAUGCUGUACAUUAUGUCGAGAUAUAGGAAAAGAAUUUUUUGUACGUGGUGAAAUUAAAACUCAUACGAAAGCUACAAAAAAACGUAAAGUUAAUUGA